AUGGCUGAGCAUGUUAAUGAAGAGGGGGAUGGCCAGCAAGUUACUAAUCCCAUUGUUUUGGCGAAUGACAGAGCCAGAGCAAUACGGGAAUAUGCUGCCCCCAUGUUUAAUGAGCUAAAUCCAGGCAUUGUGAGGCCAGAAAUACAAGCACCUCAAUUCGAGCUCAAGCCAGUGAUGUUUCAAAUGCUCCAAAACGUGGGGCAGUUCAGCGGGAUGCCAACGGAGGAUCCUCAUCUCCACCUCCGUUCAUUCUUGGAGGUGAGCGAUUCCUUUAAGCUUCAAGGAGUGAGUGAAGAAGCAUUAAGGUUGAAGCUAUUUCCAUUCUCGUUAAGAGACCGAGCUAGAUCAUGGCUCAACACUUUGCCUCCUGAUUCCGUCACAAAUUGGAAUGAUCUAGCUGAGAAAUUUCUACGAAAAUAUUUCCCUCCCACCAGAAAUGCAAAAUUCAGAAGUGAAAUUAUGUCUUUCCAGCAGCUUGAAGAUGAAUCUACCAGUGAUGCGUGGGAGAGAUUUAAAGAGCUUUUGUGGAAGUGUCCACACCACGGCAUCCCGCACUGUAUACAGAUGGAGACCUUCUAUAAUGGCCUCAAUGCAGCUUCUAGAAUGGUGUUAGAUGCCUCAGCCAAUGGUGCCAUUCUUUCCAAAGCUUCUACAAGUAGAAAGGUGGCGGGAGUACUUGAAGUAGAUGCCUUAACGGCUUUAACAGCUCAAAUGGCCUCAAUGACCAACAUUUUAAAGAAUCUGAGUUUGGGAGGAAACAUUCAGCCAGCUGCUGCCAUUCAAAGUGGAGACGUCUCAUGUGUUUAUUGUGGAGAUAGGCACACGUUUGAGAAUUGUCCUUCAAAUCCAGCUGUGGUUUGUUAUGUGAGUAACCAGAAUUUCAACCGCAACAACAACCCAUACUCAAAUUCUUAUAACCCAGGGUGGAGGCAGCAUCCGAAUCUAUCAUGGGGGGGGGGGGGGGGGGUCAAGGAGCAAGUUCAAGUGGAGCGCCAGCACAAGGGAAACAGUCAGUUCCGCCAGGUUUUUCUCAACAGCCAAGGGCUCAACAACCUCACCAAUUUCAAGGCUCUUAAUCUAGUUCUUUGGAGAGUUUAA